AUGGCAGACCUGGCAGAGUUCACCUCGCUGCUCUCAACGACUGUCAAAGCCCCCCAUCUCUCGGCAUCCAAAGUCACCAAACUCGCCGACUUGGCCCAGUCUCUCGCGCCGGACGCCCAACAGCUCAUUACGACCUUUUACAAGCUCAACUCGUCCCUUCCACCCGGUUCUCAAGCUCGGGUAUCAAGUCUCUAUGUGUUUGAUGCCAUCGUCCGGGCUUGCAAAGGCAGACCAAAAGAGGGGGCGGAGGGAUUGGAAAGAGCCAGGGCGAAAAUGUUGCACAAGAUGGAGGGGGUGGCUGAAAGCUGGGUCAAGGGGAUGACGGCUGACGGCAAAGGAGGCGUCUGGACGGAAGGAAAGGAAAAAACCCGCAAGAUCAUCGAUAUAUGGCAAAAGCACGGGACGUUCAAUCAAUCAUGCCUGGACGAUCUACGCAUCCGACUUGACACUUCAACCUCAACGUCAAAGCACGAGGAGAAUGGAAGCGGGAGCAGAGGCUCCAGAGACAAAGAGUCGACGACAUCAGCCUCUCGUUCAUACCACAAACGUUCGACAACUCCGCCAUCCUCCCCUCCCUCCUGGCUCAAAGCCAAAUUUGCACAACCGCCCCAUCGCCGAUCAGCCUCGUCUUCUUCACGAGCUCCCAAGCCUAGUCGGCGGACUUCGGGAUACGACAUCUCCAACGAAUUCGAUGAGAUCAAAGAGCAGGGAAAUGGAACGUCGGAGCAGGAUGGAGAUAGGAGAGAAGAGGAACGGUCGAAACCUGGAGAGUUGCCCCCCGAGAUUGCAAAGAUGCUUGGCAUAGCGCCAGCUGAUUCAACGACUGCAAUGCCCCAGUCAACCAAAUCCACACCCGCUACAGAUGUCCCUUCCUCCAGCAACUCCCUUCGGCCGCCACCUCUGGGUAUAGAUCCUAAACAAUUAGCGGCCCUGGCAGGGAUCACUUCCGGCUUGCCUAUUUCACAGCCGUCUACAGAUGAUCAGGUGCAUGGGAAUGGCAGUGAGGAAGGUCACAAGCAUCGUUCGUCGCCUCAGAAGCCCAAGAUGCCUCGCUCUGCUUUCUCGCCAUCCGGAUCGGGCGCAGGGAGAGAAAAUAGGUGGGACGAGCAGAGAGAUAUUGGCAGGCUGGGUCGAGGUGAUGGGAGUAGAGACGACUACCGCCGGCCUUCCGAUGAUGGCCGUAUGAUGGCUGCGCCCAUGUCUCGGUCCCACUCUCAUAAUGACAGCGGGGCUAGAGCGAGGUCGAGGUCGCCCGAGAAGAGACAGCGGUUUGGAAACGGGGAGCGUCGGGCACGGUUCGCAGAUGACGGACCGUCCGGGAGAGGAAGAGAUGAGCCGUUUGUGCCUACGGGGAAUGUGUCUGGGAUUGCUGUGAGAAUGACUCCUCCCUCGCAUACAAGCUCCCUUCCACCUCCCCCACCCAGCAUCAAUCCCCAACCUCCGUUCCAGACACCAGCUGCGCAACCCACUCCUGAAUCGACUCGACUGACCCUCGAAGACUUUCCACUCCACUCUUUCGACCCCUCUGAUCCUACUGCUUGGGUGGCCCUUGGUCAAGCGUGGACAAACAGUAUGGGACGAGAGCCGGGAGGAGCAGAGUUGAUGGGGUGGUUGGCAAUGUACAGUCAGAUACAAGCGGGUAUGGAAGCGGGACAAGUUCCGGGGGGUGCCGGCCCUGAGCAGAACAUGCCGCCGGGGAUGAACGGUGUGUCUCAGCCACAGAUGCAGGAGGCACAGGGGAUGGGUCAGUGGGGUGCACAAACCCUGUAUCAAAGUUCAGGCCAAACGAGUUGGCAACAAGGGAACGGAGGACAACAGGGACCUAUGAACGGGAUGGGGUAUUAG